AUGAGUUUUCUUAUUGGUGGUAAUUGUUGUUUAAAACUAAAUUCUUUUAUUUGUGGAUCAAAAGAUAUUUCAACAAAAAAAGAAAAAAAUAUCUCGAAAGAAACAAUUGUCAAUGGCGUUAGUUCAAAUAAGAAAAUAAUUAAGAAAAAUCCUUCAUCUCCAAUUACAUUCUAUAAACAACAUCAUAUCAAUAUGAUACCAUUAGAUGACAAAUUUCAACAACAAAAUUAUUUAAAAAAAGAUAUUGAAAUAAUAAAAAAAUCUUCUUAUGAUUCAUCAUUAAAUUGUUCAAUUGAUCAUCGAUUAUUUGAUCGAUCUCAUUCAUUAUUAAAUAAUGAAAUUAUUAUAAAAGAUGUUAUACUUUAUCGACAUGAUCCAAAUGUUCAAUUAGGUUUAACUCUAUGUUAUGGAAUAACAUCUCAAUCUACAACAAAUAUUUAUAUUGAAAAAGUUGAAGAGAAAAGUCUAGCUGGUCGUCAAGGAGAACUUCAACGUGGUGAUCAAAUUAUCAAAAUAAAUAAUCAACGAGUUAAUAAUAGAGAACAAGCUAUUGAUCUGAUUACUGGAGUUUCACUUAUUAUUUUACAAAUUAUUCGAUUUCAAUUUAUUGGAAGAGAUUUCUCCAGAAUAACUCCAUUAACAGAAGAUGAUAGUGGAAUCAUUCUUGGUUGUAAUACAGAUUUUGAAAUAAAUAAUCAAUCAAUAGAUCAUGUAAACAUUAUUUUUUUAUCUUGUUUAAUAUUAAAUCAUUCUCGAUCGUGUCGUUAUAAUCGUUUAAAUUAUUCACAAUUAAUAUCUCGUCGUUGUUAUUCAUUAAAUGAUUUAAGAUCAAAUUCAUUUAUUGAACAAGAUUUAAAUAGUUCAAUAUUUUCUCUAAAAGAUUUUAUUUAUUCUCAAAGUUUAUUUGAAACCACAACAACAACAACAACAGAUAAUGAAAAAACCAUUCUUAAACCACUUCCAUAUAAUUAUCAUCAAGAAAAUUUUAUUGAAAAAAAAGUUCAAUGUUUAGAUGAUAGUGAUAAUAGUUUAAUAUUAAAUCAAACGAAAAUAAAUAAAUAUAAUCGACGUCGUUAUCGUGAAGAACGUUUAAAAGAAGAAAAGAAUUGUUUAAUGACAACAGAUGAUGAAAGAAUGAGUGAAUUAAAACAAGGAAAAUAUUGGACACGAAAACAACGAAAAGAACAAUUUCAAAAAUCAAAACAAAAUAAACAAAAAUUAAAUUUAAAUCAAGAAAAGAAUUGUACAACUGAAGAUUUUAAUUUAUUAAAUCGAAUAUUUUUAAGAGAAAAUCAAAAAGAAUUAAAAGAAAAACCAUAUUUAGCUUAUCAAUAUAAAAAACAAUCAAAUAUUGAAAAAGAAAAAUUAAAACAAAUUCUUCAACAAUAUCAAAAUCAGUUUUAUACAAAAACACAAUCAAAAACAACUGCAUCCAAUUCUAGUACGCUAUAUUAUUCAUCAACGAUUAUUAUUUAA